CUCGAGUUAUUAAAAUUAUCUCACGGUAUACGCGUAAAACCGCUGCCGCAAGAUGAAGCGAUUACAUUAAAAAACAUCAUCCAAGCUGCUACCAAACGAACAGCCGCUGAACGACGUUAACGCGGCUCAGUUAACGUUUUUAUGUCCUCCGAAGAGGAAUAAAGAAAAAAAAAAAGAGAGCCUUUUCCCCGCCCUUCUUCCCGCUGAUUCGACCGGUGUGUGUGCGCUGUGACGUCAAGAGGCGUCACCGGUGAUAAUUCCUUUUUUUCCCCGGCAGUGCACGCGAUCUAAUCAAUCGGUGCAACGUCGCGCCUGGCAAACGACCGUCGGUGUCGAGCAAUCAUUUCCGUUCUUCCGCCUGUAACCGUUAGAGACCGGCUGAUAACGUUGCUAUUUAUUCCGCCAUGCGCGCCGGUCUACCGCCCGGCUCGCGUUUAACCUCUUCAGCCUCGAGCGCACCGUAGAAGCGCGAACUAUUGAUCGGCCGGUCGACAGUGCGCCAGCGCAAGUCGACCGGACGAAGAGAGGCAUUCACAAGCGAGCCGCCCUCGGUCGUGGUGUUUGGUCGACGUCUGUGCUUGCUGUUAUGCCCGUCACACCGAAGCGUCCUUAGAUGCUGCCAUCAUGUCCGGUGACAGGGAUUAUAUCGGAUUUGCGACGCUGCCGGAGCAAGUGCACAGAAAAUCGGUGAAGAGGGGCUUCGAGUUCACCCUGAUGGUGUUGGGUGAAACCGGUCUCGGAAAGUCGACACUUAUUAACAGCCUCUUCCUCGGAGACCUAUACAAGGACCGGCGAAUUCCGGAUGUGGCGGAGCGCGUGGCUAAGACCACUUCUAUUGAGAAGAAGACAAUGGAUAUAGAGGAGCGCGGCGUGCGGCUCCGUUUGACGAUUGUAGACACGCCAGGAUUCGGCGAUGCGGUAAACUGUGAGGACACGUGGAAAGCGUGUUCGGCUUACAUCGACGAGCAAUUUCGCCAGUAUUUUACGGACGAGAGCGGAUUAAACAGAAAAAAUAUUCAAGAUAACAGAGUGCACUGUUGCCUAUACUUCAUACCACCGUAUGGCCACGGCCUCCGGCAAAUCGACCUCGAGGUAUUAAGGCGCUUACAUCGGAAAGUGAAUGUAGUUCCCGUAAUAGCAAAAGCGGACACUUUAACCACUCACGAAGUGAAAAAGCUGAAGGAGCGCAUUUUGGCGGACAUCGAGGAACACGAGAUUCAGAUAUACCAAUUCCCGGAUUGCGACAGCGACGAGGAUGAGGAAUUUAAGCAACAGGAUAAGGAAUUGAAGGCGUGUAUACCGUUCGCGGUUGUCGGGAGUUCGACGGUGCUGGAAGUUGCUGGAAGGAAAGUUCGCGGCCGGCAAUAUCCAUGGGGCGUAGUGGAAGUUGAGAACCCGAAGCACAGUGAUUUCGUCAAACUAAGGACGAUGUUAAUAUCGACGCAUAUGCAAGAUCUAAAGGACGUCACGCAGGACGUUCACUACGAGAAUUUUCGGGCCCAAUGUAUUUCUCAAAUUUCACAACAAGCGAUCCGGGAACGGAGGUAUUUACGCAUUAAAUUGAAACGGGAUUCUGGACCGCACUUUGAGAACAGUAUUUCCGACACAGACAGGUUGCUUUUGCAGAAGGACGAAGAGAUACGAAGGAUGCAGGAUAUCCUAGCACAAAUGCAAGAGAAACUCAAAGCAACCGGUCAGGUCGGCAGUGGUGUCGGAUUGAGAGGCCGAGUUGGUAGCCUUGGUAACGAUUUGGACUCUGCGGACGUGGAGAAGAAACGGAACAGUAUUAUAGACGUUUGAAGUAGAUUAUCCUCGGGGUACAUUCAGGACACAGGGUUUACCCGAGAGGUCUGUACAUAUUUCAUUUAAUUUGCAACUAGUUUCUUGAUUACAUUACGUAUACGAUACAUAGAAUUCACGAAAACUUUCUUCCCCAAGUUUUUACUUUAUAUUUCUCGAAUUUUCUAGUCUUAAACCAUUAGUUUCAAUUAUGUCAGUAAAAACUUACAACGAAAACUGAAAUUAUAUUUAUUUGUCCUCUUUUUUUCUAAUACAAAGUAGCGUCAUUUAUAUAUUUAAAAUAUUUAUAUUAAAUUUUUAUUUAUUACGAUGAACUUUCUCUCUUAUAUCCUUGGUCACACAUUUUAUCUUGCGUUCGGGAGGAAACGCAAGCUAAAGCUGCCAAAGAUUGACACACAAACGCUUACUCGCCAAACAUUCACUCGACUCGAGUUUGUACAGAUCUGUCGUUUACACUCUGCAUUACUCCAGUGAUACGCAAAAUCGUAUUUUGUACCGAGCGUAUAUAGAUUAUUUAUACAAAAGAUAGACACGUAUAACCGUAUCGAAAAUUAUCAAAGGAUAUGUGAGGAGAAUAUAUGUAUUUGUUUAGACCGAGUGCUGCUCAAGGGACUAUGGCAGGUUGUUUCUUUUGAAGUGAUAACGUAUCAAGCACGAUCAUAACAACGCAUAAUAGGAUAUCGAAAAUCUGUUUUUCUUUAGCUGCGCUAGAUUAUACACAUUUUGUAUUUAAAAUGAGAUAAGUGAAUGAGUAUGAAAUGAAAUGUAUUUAAUGAGAAAAGGAGAAAAAAAUUGUACGGGAUAUAUAAAUAUCAUAAGUACAUGAAGUGCAAGUACAAGAACAGAUUUUAAAACUGGUUAAUUGGUUGAUUGAUUGAUUGAUUGAGCGUGUAAAGCACUAAAAUCGGUGGUGUCUAUUUUUAGACGUUUAGUAUGCUAGUGUGCAGAUUAAUGGUACCGAAUGUAUACCAGUGAACUGUGAGAAGUAAUUAACGUUCUGAAUACGCACAAUAGUCUCCAUGAUUACGUAAAGUUAAUAUGAGAAGUAUUAAUGAUCAAAUUAUAAAAAAUAUGCGUUUACACGUCUAUUAAUUUAUUUAAUUUUUGGUUUGUUUUAUUUUGUCGUUCUGGACAUUAUUGUUGAGAGAUAAAGUUUGUAGAUGUUUUAUAAUAAUAAACGUGACGUAAAAUACGGUAAA